AUGGCAGCCUCAGCGGGCCUUCCUGUCCGAACACUAGACCACAAUUUCAACAAUGCCGAAGGAACUAUUCUUUCAUAUGACCGAAUGCAGUCUAUGACUAUGUCGAAUCCGCUUUGGCAAGAAUUUGUUGGAAACCGCAUGGCCCUUGAGAAGCGUUACCGACAGAUGCUGCAAUCCUACGAAGAAACCUUUGCAACGUACUUCAGUGGGUAUUUCCCCGUCGAUUACACAUCUUCGAGCAACAGAAUUAUGGAUCCCAACGUGGUGGUUAGGAUGGUCCUCACUCUCUCAGAGCUUUCGAUGUCUGAAUCAUCAGACCCGUCCGAGAGUCCCUUCACCGACGAGGAAGACACCUUGAAAAGAAUGGGAUGGGAAAAUAUUCAGAUUAAGAAGCCUUGUUGGGCACUGUUGUCCCACACAUACGCUGCAGCGACUACUUCUUCCAGGGCCAGCUCAGGGAAGUCGACCCCUAGAUUUUUUAGUUCCCAAAAGUCCUAUAGAAACAAUACUGUCCUUCUGCAUGUCGAAGGAGUCUCUGAUGAUGAAUUAAGAGAGCAGCUCUAUGAAGCCAGAAAGAACGGAUGCAUUGGCAUCCUAGUCGAAAUCGUGGAAGACCAAUACAACGGAAGGGUCAUGGACCCCAACAUGCUAGAAAGACUGGGUGCUAUGUGUAUGGAAGAACACCUGCUCCUAGCUGUGGACAAAACCCUGACCGCUAUUCGCUGUGGAGCGCCAUUCUCUUUCCAACGGGAAAACGGGAAGACACCCCCUGAUCUUGUCUUCUUCGGAAAGGCGCUUGGUGUUCAUGGCACAGCUAUAGGGUUUGGCGGACAGUUUCUAAAGAAGUUUGGAGUCUUUGGAAGGGCGCGCUGCCGUUUCAUUCGCAAAAUCAUUGGGCACACCCCCAGGGCCUUCAUCCUUGAACAAGCCGAAGAGCGUGGCCACGACGUCAAAGCCCAAGAUGUACUCGGUGGACUAGAAAGCCUCGUUUUCGUCAGGAAAGACAUCGCUGGGGAGCUACUCGUUAUGGGGGCCAGAACGGCGGGGGAAUGGAUCCCGUGGGUCAAGUGGCUACCGAGGCUUGAGAGGGACAUGUCCAGGAGCGAAGUACUCGAGGACAUCAUCGGAAGUAGGAGUCGACCUGCGCGCGAAGAGCUCUCGGGGAUGCUUUUGCAGGUAGGUUCGAAGCCUAGUUGGUGUUUCUGGUGUGGAAGCCGGACAACAGCCAAGAAGACCGACUGGUGUCAACGAUGCUGUAUUGGUGUUUGCGAUGGAGACAUGUGCGGCCGUCAUUUGCUUCAUCACGAUUGUGUCUGAUUGCACUCAUAGGGAUGCAUACUCAAAGAACAUAGAUCUAGAUAGAGUACGAGAC